UGGUACUCGUGAUCAUUUCCUGUCUAUGUGCAACAAUGGCGGCGCGCACGGAAUCAUCCACGGCAGCUCCUCCGUCCCUCGAUUCUCAGGUUAAACGCGUUCAGAUUGAUGGACUGGUGGUGUUAAAGAUCAUAAAGCAUUACCAGGAGGAGGGCCAUGGCAGCGACGUGGUGCAGGGUGUUUUGCUGGGAUUAGUGGUCGAAGACCGCCUGGAGAUCACCAACUGCUUCCCAUUUCCCCAGCACACGGAGGACGAUGCUGACUUUGAUGAAGUUCAAUACCAGAUGGAGAUGAUGAGGAGCCUCCGUCACGUCAACAUCGACCACCUCCACGUCGGCUGGUACCAGUCCACGCACUACGGCUCGUUCGUGAGCCGAGCGCUUCUGGAUUCCCAGUUCAGCUACCAGCACGCCAUUGAGGAGUCCGUGGUGCUUAUUUACGAUCCCAUCAAGACGGCGCAAGGCUCUCUGUCCCUCAAAGCCUACAGGUUAACACCCAAACUGAUGGAGAUCUGUAAAGAGAAAGAUUUUACUCCAGAAGGGCUGAAAAAAGCGAACAUCGGGUUUGAACACAUGUUCGAGGAAGUGCCGAUCUGCAUCAAGAACUCUCAUCUCCUGAACGUGCUGAUGUGGGAUCUGGAGGACAAGAGCACGCUGGCAGACAAACACGAACUGCUCAGUCUCUCCAGCAGUAACCAUCUGGAGAAGAGCCUGCAGCUGCUGAUGGAUCGCGUCGACGACAUGAGCCAAGAGAUCAACAAGUACAACACGUUCUGCCGCAACCAGAGCAAGCAGCAGCAGCAGAAACACCAGUUUCUGCAGAGGCGGCAGCAGGAGAACGCUCAGCGACAGAGUCGAGGAGAACCGCCACUGCCAGAGGAGGACAUCACCAAGAUGUUCAAGCCACCACCGCCUCCUCCGCGCAUGGACACACUCCUCAUCGCAGGUCAAAUCAACAACUACUGCCAGAACAUCAAGGAGUUCACCUCUCAGAACCUGGGCAAGCUCUUCAUGGCAGAUGCGCUGCAGGAGCACAGCAGCUGAAGAGCAGAACGGAGGAACGACAGCUCGCUUACGAACAUGAGGAACAUCUCACGUCACCGCUAGGUAUCCCAAAAUGCAGCAUUAGCAUCAAAAAUGCCAUCCUGACCUUGAGGGGGAAACUGUAUCGAACUGGUCGUUAAUAAAAAUAAAAAAAAAUGCAUCCUA